AAUGAAGCUCCCAAGGAAUCAAACCGAUCGCAACGAUGGUUAAGUCAUACUUAAAGUAUGAGCAUUCCAAUUCCUUUGGUCUCGUAACUUCCAGCACGUCGAAUAUCCUCUGGACCCAGCAGAAUCGCUCUAGCACCGGUGCUGGCCAAGCCGUCGUCGCAGCAAAUGAAGAGCUCCUAUGUUGGGAUAUCAAAACAGGGGAUAUUGUUGAAAGGUGGAAAGAUGAGAAGUCUUCCGCUCAAGUGACCGCCAUUGCGCAGAGUAAACUCAACGACGAUCUAUUUGCCGCCGGUUAUGAGGAUGGUAGUGUCCGGCUUUGGCGGAGCAAGGACCCGAGCCCCUUCAUCACCUUCAAUGGGCAUCGCUCGGCCAUUACCGUCCUUGCAUUCGACCGAUCCGGCGUCCGACUCGCGAGCGGCUCGAAAGACACCAAUGUCAUCGUUUGGGAUCUAGUAGCGGAGGUUGGCCAAUUCAAGCUGAGGGGUCACAAGGACCAGAUCACAGGACUACAAUUUGUGGAACCCCAAGAGGAGGUCACGGAAGAGGAGGACUCGCAGGCAAUGGUUCUCGAUGGCGUAGCCGAUUCUUCGUCUGAGGGCUUCUUACUUACUACAGGAAAGGAUGCGCUGAUCAAACUCUGGGAUCUGGGGUCAAGACAUUGCAUCGAAACACAUAUCGCGCAAACGAACGGCGAAUGUUGGGCACUAGGGCUCUCACCCGAUUACACCGGAUGUAUAACCGCAGGAAAUGCUGGCGAACUCAAGGUCUGGGGUCUCGAUGCUACGACACUAGCCGCGUCGAGACGACAAGUCGAUGUGCCUGCCAAUAUACAAUACUUACAAGAUCGAGGAACCUUGUUUCGACAUGGAAAGGAUAAGGCUACCGAAGUCGUGUUUCAUCCUCGCCGAGAUUACUUCGCCGUGCACGGAUCGGAGAAAUCCGUGGAGAUAUGGAGGAUACGUAGUGAAUCCGAAAUCAAGAAAAGCUUGGCAAGAAAGAAGAAAAGAAGACGAGAGAAGCUUGCGCAGAAGAAAGAAGCGGAGAAUGGUGAUGCUCAUCUAGACGGAGAGGAAGAUCAAGACGAAGAUCCUAGCAGCGCAGACGUAAACGAUGCUUUCGCUCAGCACCUAAUCAUUCGGACCGGUGGAAAAGUGAAGUCAGUCGAUUGGGCCGAUACUCGUAGCAAGAAAAAACUUGAGCUGUUAGUCAGCGCGACGAACAACCAGCUAGAGCUGUAUAGUAUGCCUUUGAAAGAGAAGAAGUCGAAGCAGGAAGAUGUCCCCGAUUACGAAAGAGCUUUAUCCAUCGAACUUCCUGGUCAUCGAGCAGAUAUCCGAUCAUUGGCCUUAAGUUCUGACGAUAAAUGGCUCGCUUCAGCCUCCAACGGAAAUCUCAAAAUCUGGUCAAUGUUGACACAAAAAUGCGGCAAAACUCUGGAGUGCGGGUAUGCGCUGUGCUGUGCGUUCUUACCUGGGGACAAGCUUGUUGUCAUCGGUACGAAAAGUGGCGAGAUCGAGUUGUUCGAAGUGGCCACAGGGGCAUUACUUGACAGUGUAAGCGCUCAUGAAGGGGCCAUUUGGUCCUUACAGGUUCACCCGGAUGGUAGGUCGAUAGUGUCCGGAAGCGCGGACAAGUCAGCCAAAUUCUGGAAGGUUCAGGUCGUUCAGGAGGAAGUCCUUGGAACAACUCGAACUACGUCUCGUUUAAAGUUAUCGCAUUCGCGAACGCUAAAAGUCGCGGACGAUAUCCUGAGCCUCAAGUUUUCGCCCGAUGCGAAGCUCCUAGCUGUUGCUUUAUUAGACAGCACGGUCAAGGUGUUUUUUGUGGACUCCCUCAAGCUAUACCUCAAUCUCUAUGGUCACAAGUUACCCGUAUUGGAUAUGGAUAUCUCAUAUGACAGCAAACUAAUUGUGACGUGUUCGGCGGAUAAGAAUAUUAGGAUAUGGGGUCUCGACUUUGGUGACUGCCAUAAAGCAUUGUUGGGACACCAAGACAGUAUCCUACAGGUCAAAUUCCUCCCAAAUAACCGGGAAGGUAACGGUCACCACUUCUUUAGCGCUAGCAAAGACAGGACGAUUAAAUACUGGGAUGGCGACAAGUUUGAGCAAAUCCAACGACUCGACGGCCACCACGGAGAAAUUUGGGCUCUUGCAAUCAGUCAGAGCAGCGAACCUCCCUUCAUCGUAAGCGCUAGUCACGACAAAAGCAUACGAGUCUGGGAAGAAACGGAUGAGCAAAUCUUCCUCGAGGAAGAAAGAGAAAAGGAAAUCGAAGAAUUGUACGAAAGCACGCUGACAAAAUCCCUGGAACAAGAUGCCGACGAGGACGACGAAAACGGAGAGAUUGGGGCCGCAACGAAGCAAACCUCAGAAACCCUGAACCAUGGAGAACGAAUAGCAGAGGCCUUAGAAUUAGGAAUGGCUGAUUUGCACGUUAUGCAGGAAUGGGAAGAAGCCAAGGCGUCUAACCCGCAUAUUGCGUCGCCUCAGCGCGAUCCGAUGUUCAUGGCCCACGGCGGGAUCAGUGCCGAGGAGUACGUUAUGAAGGUCCUGCAAAGACCAGCAGCCUCAGCGCUAAACGAUGCGCUUCUCGUCCUUCCGUUCGCCUCGGUCCCUAUGCUUUUCACAUUCCUCAACCUUUUUGCUAUGAGGUCGAUGAACAUUCCUCUGACGUGUAAGGUCCUGUUCUUCAUGCUGAAAACCCACCACCGCCAGAUAGUAGCUAGCAGGACGAUGCGGGCUAUGCUAGAUGGCAUCAGGUCGAACCUACGAAGAGCUCUUCAAAAACAGAAAGACGAAAUGGGAUACAACAUAGCGGCUCUUAAGAUAGCGGGGAUGCAAAUCCAGGAUAAGGGAAUCAAGGAGUACGUGGACGAGAACUGGGACGACGGCACCGACGCUCAAAAUGUCAAGAAACGAGCUUUCGUACAUGUAUCGUGACAGAGUUAGAUGUUACUUACAACGCACACCUACCUAAUCUACCUAGGUAAGGUAUGCUACUAUAUAAAAAUAGAAAUUAGUAUAUAUGAGCAAAACUCAAUUCGAGAUUCAGCCAAUGAUAUCAUAGCUUCGAGGUACUUAACUCCGAAUAGAU